UAAAUGAAGGAAGCAUUCAAUGCAAUUAAAGGUGCACCUCAUUUGUCGCAAAAUCACUCAGUCUAGCUAGCUAGGAAGUAGGAACCACAUAAACUUGUUAUAAAUAUCCUUCAUUUCUUCUACCUUAAUUCUUCAAUUCUCCCACACACACAAAAAAAAAAGCCACCAAAUAAUCAAUAAGAAUAAUAAAAAUAAAAAGAAUAAAAGAACCAAGAUAGCUAGCUAUAUAUGGCUUUGAUGAAAUUGUCAUUGGUUCUUUUAUUGGCUUGCUGCACUCUCCCCAUCCAGAGUGUUGUUGCUGAAACCAUUUGUGAGAAUUUGCCUACAAGUGUUUGUGCAUUUUCGGUCUCAUCUUCGGGGAAGAGAUGUGUGAUAGAAGACUCGGUACUAGUCGAUGGGAAGGUGGAUUACAAGUGCAAGACGUCAGAGGUGGUGGUCGGGAGUAGCACGUCAGAAGAGUACUUAGAGACCGAUGAGUGUGUGAAAGCAUGCGGUGUUAGCCGGAAAUCAGUUGGCAUGUCAUCGGAUGCUCUCCUCGAUUCAACUUUCACCGGUAAGCUUUGUUCCCAUGCAUGCUACAAUAAAUGUCCCAACCUCGUUGACCUCUACUCCAACGUGGCCGCGGGCGAAGGAGUGUACUUGCCCGACUUUUGCGAGAAACGACGUAGCGGUGGUUCUCGUCGUGCCAUGGGUGAGCUUCAGAGUGGCAGUGAUAGUGCCCUUGCACCUGAUGCUGCUGAGCCUCCACGUCGUGCCAUGGCUGAGGAGGAGCUUUUGAACCUUGACGCCGAUACACCAACACCCUCUCCCUUUUAAUUAUUGGGUUGGGAGGGAAUGAAAUGGAUCCUUAAUUAACUUGGGUCAUCUAUUUAUUUAUUUUUAAAUUUGAAUGAUGUUUUGAGAUUUGUUUAGGUAGCUUUAAAAAGAUUUGAAAUAAAUUUUACAUUGUUGACAA